AGUUUCCAUCUUAUUUAGCCGAACAGAAAUGGUAGCUGUCAUGGAAGUUGCUUUCGAGGCGUUUAGUUAAGUGGUACAGGUUAGGGUUUAUUUUACUGAAUAGUUAAGCUUAUAGUGCUUAAACCAAGGUAAGUUUAUCUUCGUUAAAGGAAAUACAAAGUCACCAGGCAAGCGUAGACUGCUGUUUUGUAUUGACCUGUUGGUGUACGUGAUAAAAACACAGAGCGUGUGAUUUUGUUCCUGGGACCGGGCUGAAGGUGUUUGUUUAUAUCUGCUGUAAACGGAUUCAGAAGAUCAAUAAAGUUCUAUUUAAGCACAAUAGUUAGUCCACUUUAUGUAUAAUCACUAGCUAUUCUGAGCAGUAAGGGUUAGUGAACUGAAACGGACACAUCAGUAUCUACGUAUAUAAUUCCUAAUCGGGUUUAUGGAUUAGCUAGCAAAGAAGACAUUGAUUGAUAUCGACUGACCUUUAUUCAGUCAACUUCAGUUUUCAGGGUUUUAUAAUCGGAGGUGAAUAUGUGUAGUUAGGUUCCUGAUUAUUUAGUCACAGGGGAAUAACACUCCCCGGGUUAAAAACACUGAUUGGUGAAGCUUUUGGACGAUAUCCUCCCUCCCUACCAGCUCACUGUCAAAUGCACGGCUUACCCAUGCUAUCAGAAAGCAGAAAAAGGCGUCACAGCAGCGAUGCUGAGGAAGAGCAACUUUUGCCUCAAGCUAAGAGAUUUCCAGGUCAUUCGUUCUUUUCUGAACUAGCCCAUGAUGUUUGGGACUCUGAGUCUUCCAGUAGUGAUAGCAGUUGCGUUAGCAGUCCGGAGAAGCUGACAGGAGCUGGCACUAUCUACCAGUCUGUAGAGCAAAAUGGAAAGUGCGUCCUUGAGGAUUCCUGUAGCCCUAGCACCUCUGGCCAGUUUGGUGAAGAGGCGGCCUUCCCGCUGUGCAAAGCUGAUGACAACUACCGUCAUAUCAACCGCAUCCUUAGAGAAGCCCACUUCAACAGCCUAAAAACCCAUGGCCAGCCAGGAGCAACCUGAGCCCCACUGCCAACCCGAACAUCUCAUCUAAUGGUAGAAGGAACAGUGCACAGGGAAUCCAUUACAAAGGAAACCCACAUCAGUGGCACAGCGUGAAUCUGUCUUCACUUUGGCGUAACUGCUUUGGUACCCAUUUUUACAGCGCUUUUCUGUUUUAUCAGUGUCAGGUUUUGUUUAGAUCUUUUCUUGGGUGCUAUAAUGUAAAAGAAAUCUCAGAUAGCAUGUUACAUGAUUAUUACAUGUAAAUUCCUGUUACUCAGCGUGACAUGUACAUGGUGCUACAUGCUAAAUAAUACAAGGUCAAGAGAGUGUGAUGCAAGACGUGUUCUUGGUGAGCUUUGUGAUGAGUAGUGAGUUAAGUGGUAAAGGUGCACAGAGAAAUUAUGCAUUUUUUUUUUUCCCUCUCCUAAAGACUUCUGGGAUCACAGAGGUGGUUUAGCUAAGCACAUGAGAGCAUAAUGACUCAACAAUCGCUAUAUUACCAGUUCUAAUCCAUAUACAUUAGACCUGAGGGUAAUUAUGUUGCGUUUUGUUCCUAUUUGAUUUUUACUAAUUCAUUUAUUUAGUUUAGUUUUAUCUUGUGUAUAUAAAAAAUGGACUCAGGCUUUGUGAUUUCUUCCAUGUCUGCCACAAGGUCAAAUUGGUGGCAAGUUGCUAACUAUAGUAUAGAUAUGUGCCACACAAGUAUAUUAUUACCUUCGAUCAUUUUUCUUUUUCAGUUGGUCUGUUGCUUAGUGCAAACUGUCUCAUUUGAACUGAACAUUAGCAGAAUGUCUGUAUUUAUUGGAUUAUUGUUUUAACUCAGGUAUGUUGUACCCAGUCUUCAGGCACUUUUAUUAGUGGAGGUAACAAGAACUUAAGUGACCCAUAAUUGAUGUUUGAAAGUAUUCAAACUGAGACCAUGACACAAUUUUAACCUACAGAAUAAUUUGCAGAGCCUGAAUAGAAUAAUUUUCUUUUGGCUUUUCUGAAUGUGAUUCAGCCGUUUCAUAGGAACACAGGAAGACACCAUGGUCUAAAAUUAGUCUUCCCCUAAAAUAGCAGUCUAGGGCCCUAGUAAUGCCACCGGUUAGUCAUAAGAGGUAUGGGAUGGUUUUAGUAUCUUUCCAUAUACGCACAACAUGGUUCUUCCCUCCUUCUGUUUAUCAUUAGGUCCUACAAGUUCAGGUGAAUAAUGGACAGUUAUUAGGAAGCACUACAUCUUGAUCAGCCCAAGAGUGUAAUUUUGUAUGUAUGAUUACCCCUGCCAUGGAGGUUAUGUUUUCGGUGCAGUUUGUCUGUCUGUAAGCAGGACUGUGCAAAACCUACUGAUCUGAUUUCCAUGAAACUUGGUGAAAGGAUGUAGCAUGGGCCAAGGAAGCAACCAUUCUAUUUUUGAAGUGAUCUGAGUCACGGGGCAGAUCCACAAAUUUUUCACUUUCAUUAUGUUGUGAGAUACAGCGUUUGGCCUUAGCAGAAGUCUGUGCGGGGCAGGGCGGUGGCUAGCACUGUCCUCUCACAGCAGGAAGCUUCUGGGUUCCAACCUUCUAGCCUAUUGAGGCCUUUCUGUGUGGAGUUUGCAUGUUCUCCCCGUGCCUACAUCAGUUUCCUUCCACGGUCCAAAGACGUGAAUUAGGUCAACUGGCUCCUCUAAAUUGUCCUUAGGUGUGAAUAUGAAUGAAUGGCUGUUCAUCUUUGUGUUAGCCCUGCAAUAGAUUGGUGACCUGCCCAGGGUGUAACCCGCCUCUCGCCUGAAGUCACCUGUGACAACGCUGACGGAUAAGCUGUGUACAAGAUGGAUGGAUGGAAGUCUGUGCUCAAGUGCUAUACAUCUUAAAAUCCAGUAAAUGGCAGUAAAGUUCAAUAGUGACAAAACAUAGCCAGUGUAGAACUAUGACUCUGUAUCACAGUACACAUUCAUGAGUACCGGUAAUCCUCUGCGAUGCACAUGUAAGCACAUGAUUCUAAUAAUUUUGUAAAUAUAUGCAGACAUAUGAAGUAGUUGUAGGUUUGCAUAUCAUUGAAGAGUCGACUAUUGUACUUGGCAGAGAUCUGCGCUCUUCAUAGUUACAUUAUAUAUUUAGCCAGCGGUCAUACUCAAGCUUCCAACUGAAAUAUUUGAGAGUUUGUCCUUGUACAAGAAGGAUGCUGAUAUAGCUGUUAACUUGCACUGAGACACUGUGGUCCGGUCCAUCCCUAUGACAGACCAGCAGUUCUUAACCUGGGGGGUUGCAGGAUGGCUUUUGAGAAACAUCUACAUGUGCAUAUAUAAACAUUUUUGAGAAUUACUUUUCCUUAGAUUUUAAACGCACAUGUGCACUCUUAUAUGCAAAGGUCCCUUAAAGCUACACAACUGUUUGUGGAUGUGGCCAGCAUACCCAUAUGUGCUUUUUGAACAUCCCUUUCCAGAGCCCAUACAAACAAAACGAACCCCGAGUGUGCAGCGUUGUGUGUUCUUAAAUGCUUCCUUACAAAAUCAGUUGGACAAAACAGCUCUUAAAUGAACACAAAUUUAGUUGAACACCUGGAGUGUGCACUCAGGCAGCAAAACAGAAGUAGACUACAAUCCUUCUGUGAAGAGGUGUGUGGUGUUUGUAAUGUUUCUCAGGGGAAAUGUGUUCAGAAGGAGUUGCUUGAACCGCAACAUGGUUUGGUGGGUUUUUUUUUUCAAAUUGUUUCUGAGAAGGUUGCAGCUCAAAAGGUUUGGGAGCUACAGUGUAAGACUAUCAGUUUUGAUGAUGUUCAUUACCAUCACCCUUCAUGUUUCGUAAGUAGAAUUGUACAGAACAUAGCUAACAUAUUUACAAUUUAUAAAUGCUUAUUUUCUCAAAUGAUCUUCGUACAAUAUCAACAAUAAAGGUUUUUAAAUAA